AUGACUAUAAUCACGCGCGCCGCUGAGUUCUGCUCGUCACCCAAGUUUGAGCGAGUGUUUGACAACUUCGCCAGGGACCAUGCGGAUGCGUUUAUUGACGCGACAGAGGCCAAAGAUGGAGACGUCGAGCAUAAGCACGAAUAUAAGGAGCUACACGACCAGUAUCUCAAGCUGUUUGAAGAAGAACUGUCGGAGUUCGUGGAAUCCGAAGGAGCGACAAUUGAGGAGUUUUUCAAGGAAUGCAGGGAGAUCCAUGACGGUCAAUACACGGCUCUCUUCGAGGAGCAUUCGUAUGCCUGGUUCGUCGACCACUUGUUGGCCUGCAUGGACUACAAGCACUUCUACGGACUCAUGGUCAACGAGGCCCGUCGUCUUCACCACCGGAAGUGA